GAGUGUUUUGUAGUUUCAAAAACUACAAAACACUCGAGGGACCCAACGCCAGGAUCGCGGACUACUUCGACAUCGUGGCCGGGACGAGCACCGGCGGCCUCGUCGUCGCCAUGCUCACGGCCCCGGGCGACGACGGCCGCCCCUGCUUCUCCGCCGCGGAGAUACCUCCCUUCUACAAGGAGGAGUCUCCCCGUAUCUUCAAGAAAUCAGGCAUGCCCCCAUUCCCCGGUCUAGCCACAAAUUCUCCGGAUGCCGGGGACAGCACCGGCGGCGCCGGCCUUGUGCAGCUGCCCGAGUUCUCCGAAGCAGACGUCCCUCCAUUUUACAAGCAACAGCCUAACCCUCCCGCACUAGUUCCAGGAAUGCCUGAUCAAGUGCAACUGUUAAGUGUGUCGGAUAUGUGGAGUUGGUUCAAGAGGCUGGGUUCUGCGGCGAAGUGGGUGAUUGAUUUCGUGGUGAAGAUGGGGUUCCGCCCCAUGUACGACGGGGCAUACCUGCACCAGAAGAUCAGGAGCAUGGUGAAAGACACCAAGCUCAGCCAGACCCUUGCCAACGUCGUCAUCCCCGCCUACGACGUCCGCCGUUUGAAAACCGUCGUCUUCUCCUCCCUCCAGGCCAGAAGGGACGCGUCGAAGAACCCCAAGCUCUCAGAUGUGUGCAUCUCCUCAUCUGCGGCGCCGGUUUACUUCCCUCCCCACAGCUUCGAGCUGCAGUCCUCCGAAGGGAUUGAAGAGUUCAACCUCGUUGACGGAGGCGUGUUGCUGGCGAUACGGGAAGCGGCGAGGGCAUAUAAAGUGCCCCUGAAGCCGGAGAGCUUCAUGAUCCUGUCGCUGGGGACGGGAUCGUGCAGAGGGGAUCACAUGGACAGGAUCGGGGACGCGAGCGGCUGGGGGGUGAUGAAGUGGUUGUUGAUCCCAUAUCGGGGCCUUUUGGUUACUUUGAACCCCCACUCACCUCAAGCGCUCAAACAAUGAUUCCAAAAGAUGAAAAAGUUUAUAAAAGAGCGAAUCUUUCUUUCAUUCUAACUCCCAUGCACAAAGUAUUCAUGAAGAACAUUUGAUACACUUUAAUAAACUUUAACGUCUAAUGAUGAAAAUAUUUUGCAGGUCUCCUUGAACUACUCAAGCAUAAGAAUUGUAAUCUAUUCACAUAAAAGAACAUUACAUAUUUUCAUUAAAUCAAGAGUUGUUUAUUGCGCUUAAACAAUCCCAAUUUUUAUGAAAAUAACAAACAAAAACACCAAGACAUAAACAAUCACUCUAUAACGAAUCUUAAGGAAAACGGUCGACUUAUGUGGCUAAGAAGAUCAUUUACCUUAAAAUUUUACAAAACACAAGUCACAAAAAAGAUUCACGUAUGAA